AUUGGUUCAGCUACUAUCUAAUCUAUUCUCAGGCUUUUUAACUGUUCUCGAUCAACCAAAUGUCGUCUUCAGCUGUCAGGGAACGCGAAGAUGAUGAAGAACUCGCCCGUUCUCCCAAACGCACCAAAGUCGACGAGUUGAUCGAAGAUGGGCCCAUUGUCGCAGACACCUCGGGCCUGCUCAUGGCGUCUGCUCUUGCUGCAGCAGACUCAAAAGAGGACUCCUCAACGGCAGCUCCAGUUGAAAGCGUACUUCCUCCUAGCCAUGCUCUCCUGGGCAUAGCCCCUACAUUCUCUUCGAACGGACUUCGUCAGGUUCUUCAGACCGACGUUGGGAUCUCCGAGUAUAUUAGCCAGGACGUUCCUCCCAUCAGCGGUAUCAUUAAACAGCGGUUUACGGACUUCCUAGUGUUCGAGGUGAAUCAAGAUUCCCAAGUGAUUCACUUAAAGUCCUUGGACAUGCCAGAGUCAUCUUUGAAGAAGGGGAAAGGUACCAACGAGGGAAGCUCUAGCACCGUUGUUGCUGAAGGCUCAAUGGCACAACCCCAGGAACCUGUCGCCAGCGCUGAAUCGAAUACUGCAGAGGAAGGUCGGAAUGAACCGCCUGCUAGCACUGAAGCAAAGGACAAAGAUGAUUCAACUCCAGGGGAUACUCCCUGGAGCGAUCAGUUCACGGAAAAACUGAUUCCGUAUCUCAGUGGGGCUUCUAUCGACCAAUUGAAAACGAUGUUCCUCGAGGGCCGCGAGCCUCCGAGAGUGACCGACAGUGGUUGGGGAGGUCGACCUACCAAGGCCGCUGGGGACGGUACUGAAAACCUAGAUGCAUCGAAGCCAUCAGAAGAAGCGGAUGCGACACAGAGUGAAGACAGUGGACGAGGAAAGAACCGAGGCGGUCGUGGUGGUCGUGGUGGUCGAGGCGGUCGCGGACGAGGUCGUGGUGGCCGGCAGGGAGGAGAAAGAGAAGACCACAGAAAAGUCCUGAGCGAGCCAAUUUCCUCUAAAACUGAUCGGACAGCUCUCCAUCAAAUUGUUCGAGAGUUAUUUGCUGGGAAGCUUGACAGCGAAACUGACAUGUCGACUCCUGCUGGGGACGAUGGAUCUUGCAUAGCUAUAAAAUGGUCACGACACGGUGGUGGUCGGGGCGGUGGUCGAGGUGGUCGUGGAGGUCGAGGCGACCGCUCGGACAGGGGGAACCAUCCUCCUUAUAUCCACUUCACUCUCCAGAAAACCAACCGUGAUACUCAAGACGCUCUCGGCUACUUAUCACGUACUCUACAUGUAAACAUAAAAGACUUGUCUGUCGCAGGGACAAAAGACAAACGCGGUGUCACUGUCCAGCGCGUGUCGUUGCGACGUGGAAACAAAACUGUGGAGGAUGUAUGGAAAUCUGCCAAUCAAUCUAAUAGACGAUCCUUGCAAGAAAUACUAUCGCAGCGCGGCGACCGUGGGGUCAGAAUAGCGGAUUUCAAUUAUCGCAAGGCCGGUUUAGAGCUCGGCAUGUUGAAAGGGAAUGCCUUUGUUAUCACCCUUCGUAACGUUCAGGUAGAAAAUGUAGAGACUCUUGACCGAGCUAUGAAUUCGAUCAAGCACAAAGGUUUCAUCAAUUACUACGGAAUGCAGCGCUUUGGGACGGCUGCAGUACCAACUCACUCCAUUGGCUUGGCAAUUCUGAAAUCUGAUUGGCACAAAGCUGUCUCGCUCAUCCUCCAGAAUCGGCCUGGUGAACAUCCUGAAGUUGUCGCAGCCCGUGAUGCGUGGUUAGUGGAUGGCAAUUUGGAUCGAGCCCUGGCUCUAAUGCCCAGACGGGUUGUUGCGGAGCGCUGUAUUCUUGAGAGCUACAAGAAGCAAGGUGGUGAAACCAGGAACGCAAUGGGUGCCCUGUCCACGAUUCCUCGUAACCUGCGACUCAUGUACGUCCAUGCGUACCAAUCGUACGUGUGGAAUGCCAUUGUCUCGGAGCGAAUUCGCAUACAUGGUCCUGACAAAGCUGCACCUGGUGAUCUCGUCUUUGAGAGCGAGCCGGCCGCCAAGGCAGGGAGUGGAGAGAAUGAUGAGAUGGAAGUGGACGGUGACGCCGGCGAUCAGGAGCAAGCCACCACAGAGGCAAAAGGCAUGAGCUCUCGUGAGCGCAAGAAAGCUGCGAAGGCUGCUUAUGUUGCACCAAGUGUCAAGACACUCACUGGGGAAGAUGCCCACAAGUACUCGAUAUUCGAUGUGAUCAUGCCACUCCCAGGUAGAGAUGUUGAUUACCCAGGUGGUACGCUCGGGGAGCGCUAUCGGGAAUUCCUGCGCUUGGAUGGACUCGACCCCGAUAACUUCAUCCGCAAGCAAAAGGAGUAUACUCUCAACGGAUCCUACCGCAAAAUCCUUCAACUUCCAAAAGAUCUUUCGUGGUCUGUACUCAGGUACACAGAUCCGGACGUCCCGCUCGCACAGGCAGACGAGGACAAACUUCUCGGAUUCGAUCCACCGGUUGUCGUUGAUGAUGGGAAAUUCAGGGCGCUCCAGAUUAACUUGACACUUGGGACGGCCGCGUAUGCCACAAUGGCAUUACGAGAGGUUACCAAGACUGAGACGAGCUCACAUUUCCAAACUGGUCUUACUCAGGCCUCUGAGGACCAGCAGUUCCGAGGUGUGGCAGCGGGAGAUGUUGGAGAAUUGAACGACGAUGAUACAGAGAUGGAAGCAUCAAAUACGUUAGAUUCAUAGCAGCAGAAAACUUGCACUUAGGAUUGUACCGCCCUGGCCCUUUCGGAGCAAGUUACUAUGUAAAUUUAAAAUGGUUUCACCCACG